CGUAGUGAUUCCUCUCACACAGACCACAGCGGGAGGCUUGGAAAGUUGCGGCUCAGUUAAAUGCCACACAGAGAAUAAAAAAAACACACAAACAGGUUUUCCACGACUAGGAAAGCGAAGGGACGGAGUGAGAAACGAUCUGGAUUAACUGAAACCCUCCUGCUUCUAAAUGGUCUCCCUCGGAUUGAAGUCGAACGGAGUCGGACGAUUUGUGACGAGCAAAGGACACGCUCCCUCUUCCUAAUGUGAUCACCGUGUUUGUUUGAGACGUCACCGGGGAAAAUCGGGAAUUCGAGCGAGCAUGGUCGCUCUGUCGAGGAGGGUGCAGCAGGUGCUGUGCGUCCUGCUGCCGUGCGCUCUCCAGCUCUGCGCCGCGCAGACACAAGAAGUGGUCAUUUGUUCCGGCACCCAGAACGUUCUGAGCACGACGGGAAACUCAGAGAUCCAGUACAACCUGAUGAAGGACAUGUACACCGGCUGUGAGAUUGUGAUGGGCAACCUUGAGAUAACCAUGAUGGAGCACACCAGAGACUUCUCCUUCCUCCAGUCCAUCAGAGAGGUGACGGGCUACAUCCUGUUCGCUGUCAACGAGUUCAGUCGCCUCCCUCUCAACCACCUGCGCGUCAUCAGAGGCACCACGCUGUACGAGGGCCGCUACGCUUUGGCUGUGAUGGUCAACUACCAGAAGGACGGGCAGCAUGGCCUCCAAGAACUGGGCCUGACACACCUUACAGAGAUACUGGAGGGAGGAGUCAAGAUCAUCCAGAACAAGUACCUGAGCUACGCCCCACAGGUGAACUGGCUGGACAUUGUGAAGGAUGCAUCAGCGGAUAUUAUGAUCGAGGGCAAUGGGCCUGAAAAGCCCUGCAACGAAGCCUGCAGAGACGUCCCAUGUUGGGGUCCAGGAAAUGACUCGUGCCAGAUAUUGACAAAGACUGUGUGCGCCCCUCAGUGUAACAGCCGGUGCUUUGGUCGAAGCCCGAGCGAGUGUUGCCACAUCGAGUGUGCUGGAGGCUGCACUGGACCUCUGGAUACAAACUGCUUUGCGUGCAGGAACUUCAACAACUCGGGCUCUUGCGUGCCUCUGUGUCCUCAGACCCUCAUCUACAACAAGCACACAUUCAAGCUGGAGCGCAACCCCAAUGCCAAGUACCAGUAUGGCUCCAUCUGUGUGGCCCAGUGCCCCACAAACUUUGUGGUCGAUGGAAGCUCAUGUGUGAGCAACUGCCCAUCUGAUAAAAUGGAGGUGGAGAAAAACGGAGUGAAAAGGUGUGAGCCCUGCGGAGGCCUCUGUCCAAAAGCUUGCCACGGCACAGGAAGUCCAACCAGACAGACUGUUGACGCUCUGAACAUCGACAGUUUCAUAAACUGCACUACGAUCCAGGGCAGUCUGCACUUCCUGGUGACCGGGAUCAAAGGUGAUGAUUACAACAGCGUACCGGCCCUCGAUCCAGAGAAACUCAAAAUCUUCAACACUGUGAGGGAGAUUACAGACAUCCUCAGUAUCCAGUCGUGGCCUAGAAACUUGUCCGACCUGUCAGUCUUCUCCAACCUCCAAACCAUUCAGGGCAGAACUCUUUACAAAGGAGUGAGCUCUAGAAGGGGCUACUCUCUUCUGGUGAUGAAGAUCCCCUCGCUGACCUCCCUGGGGUUGCGCUCGCUGCGGAAAAUAAACGACGGCGGCGUCUACAUCACAGGGAACAAGAAGCUCUGCUACCAUGACACUGUCAACUGGACUCGCAUCUUGAGCAGCGGCUCCCGUCCGCAGCGACGCCAGAAGCACAUCGACGUCAGAGACAACAGGCCGAGAAACCAGUGUGUUAACGAGGGUCACGUGUGCGACCCCCUGUGCUCCUCUGAUGGCUGCUGGGGCCCGGGGCCAAACCAGUGUGUGUCCUGUAAGAAAUACAGCAGGGGAGGAACGUGCGUGCCAGACUGCAUGUUCUUAACCGGGGAGAGGCGUGAGUUUGCUACUCAGGCAGGGGAGUGUAUGCCGUGCCACUCCGAGUGUAAGGUCCAGGCGGGGAGGGAGACCUGCACAGGCCCGGGAGCAGAUGAGUGUGUAGCAUGCGCCAGCCUGCAGGACGGUCCACACUGCGUCUCCUCGUGUCCCGAGGGUCUGAUGGGAGGGGAGGAAGUCAUCUUUAAAUACCCCAACAAGCAAGGCAGAUGUGAACCGUGCCACAUCAACUGUACCCAAGGGUGCUUUGGUCCAGGGAUUCGUGACUGCGUUGGGUCAUCUCGCUACAUUUCUGGCCAAGCAACUACAGCCAUCGUCCUGGGAGUGAUCGCCCUUCUCUUUGCUUCGUUCUCUGUUUUUGUGCUCACCAUUCUCUACCGCCGAGGUCUCGCAAUUCGGCGCAAGCGAGCUAUGAGGAGAUACAUGGAGAGCGGAGAGAGCUUUGAACCAAUGGAUCCUGGAGAAAAAGGCACGAAAGUCCACGUUCGGAUCCUGAAGCCAACAGAGCUGCGUAAGAUCAAGCCGCUGGGUAACGGAGUGUUUGGAACGGUCCAUAAGGGCAUUUGGAUUCCUGAGGGUGACACAGUGAAGCUUCCCGUGGCCAUAAAGGUGAUUCAGGAUCGCAGUGGAAGGCAGACCUUCAAUGAGCUGACAGAUCACAUGAUGACGAUGGGAAGCUUGGACCACAUAAAUGUUGUCAGGAUCUUGGGAAUCUGUCCUGGAGACAGCCUGCAGCUCGUCACCCAGCUCAGCAGUCAGGGCUGCCUGCUGGAUCACGUCAGGAACUGCAAGAACAAGCUCAGUCCGCAGAGAUUACUCAACUGGUGUGUCCAAAUUGCAAAGGGUAUGUAUUACCUGGAAGAGCACAGGGUGGUCCACAGGAACCUGGCUGCCAGAAAUGUUCUCCUGAAGAAUAACUACACUGCUCAGAUCUCAGACUACGGCAUUGCAGACCUGCUUUACCCCGAUGACAAGAAGUACUUUUACCAUGAGGCCAAGGCACCAAUCAAGUGGAUGGCCCUAGAGAGCAUCUUGUUUCGCAGAUACACACAUCAGAGCGAUGUCUGGAGUUAUGGUGUGACAGUGUGGGAGAUGAUGUCCUACGGGGCAGAGCCGUACACUUCGAUGCGUCCACAGGAUGUUUCUGAUCUGCUGGAGAAGGGCGAGCGUCUGUCCCAGCCUCAAAUUUGCACUAUUGAUGUCUAUAUGGUUAUGGUCAAGUGCUGGAUGAUUGACGAGAAUGUCCGUCCAACUUUCAAAGAGCUGGCGAAUGAAUUUACCAGAAUGGCCAGAGACCCGCCUCGCUACCUGGUGAUCAAAGAGGACUGUAGCCAACAGGACACAGGUCCAGAUGAACUUGCUCAAAAGAGUGCAGAUGAUCUUGAUGACCUAGACAUGGACAUGGACAUGGUGGUCCAGGAGGAGGACGUGAUAGAUGGAAUCACUCCAGCCCCCCACUACCUGUCUCAGUCUAGGAGCCUAAGUCGCCUGUCAAAGAUAGACACUCACAGAGUGGUUCUUCCUCCAAACGUGGCUGGAUACCUGCCUAUGACCCCAGGUGUCGACAACCAAGGACAGGCCAUGUGGCAGUCCCGCUCUCGACUGAACUCGGCCCGCACCGUGUCUGAGAGCUCGGAGGGCUGCGGCACAGCCGUGGAGCUGGAGAUGAGCGAGGACUUUUCUCUGGCUGGGAGCCUGAAAAGACGGCGACAUCGCGAGGACAGUGCUUACGUGUCGCAGAGGGACAGCUUGUCUGGUGGGCCACCAGAUACUCCAUCACCAGAGAUAGAAGAAGAAGACCAGAAUGGAUACGUGCUUCCUGGAGACAGCCCAGAGAGAGAAACCCUUCUGUCCACGUCGCGAGCCACUCAUGGCAGAAUGCGCAAGUCUCAUUCUGCAAGCCUGUUGGACCCAGAUGAUGAAGAAUAUGAGUACAUGAACAAGCAGACAUGCGUAACACCUGUCUCGCCCAGACACAACAGCCACUGGAGGAAGCCGAACAAGAAGCGCACCUCCUCUGUAUCAUCACAAGCGACAGCAUGCUCAGGUGACACCACACCUUCUGCGGAGGUCAGGGGAGGUCACACAAGGAGCAAUCACAACUCGGAUUCAGAGCAGCAGGGAUCUAACGAUGUCCAGUAUGAAUACAUGGACAUCAGGGGUAAUGAAAAAGAUGACAGUCCUCCAGCACAUGACCCUCCUCCUCCACCUCCUCUGACAUCAGCAAGGAUGGCAGAGGAGGAGGAGGAAGAGGAGGAUGAGUAUGUGGAGGACAGUAACUAUCAUUACACGAACAGACAACCAAAGCUGCGACAAGCUCUUCAAAACAGGAAGGAGCUGAAGAUACAGGGAGGGGAUGAGGAGGAGGCGUAUGAGUAUGAGGACAUGGACUGCUUUGCUACCCUGGCUGGAGAUGCCGUGGUGUACCAGAACAUGCAGAGGGGAGGGGAAGGAGCAACGGGGGGCACGGAGACACAUCGAUCUGGGUUUGAACCAUACGUAAAAGUACGAGCUGGAGUCGGCGUAGGUGAACCUGCAGCUGGUGACAAAUCGUUUGACAAUCCCGCCUACUGGCACAGCAGGAUGUUCCUGAAGCCCAAAGCAGUGCCUACAUGAAGAACAACAUUUUUAAAUCACGUGAACUCCCCUCUGAGACACAAUCAUGAAGGACCAAGAACUGGAAAUGCAACCAUAAACCCGAUUAAUGAUGUAGCCUAUGACACAAUUUCAAAAACCCAACUUGUGUGACUUUCUCACAGCUUUUGUUGUCUGUUACAGGCUGACGUUAUGUUUUGUAUUUUGGAGAGUUAUUCGGGGCACUUUCCAGAAUUAAUAGCACUGAGUGUUGAAGCUAACACUAACAGAAAUGAACAGAUUCCAAGCUAUAUAUUUUUCCUGUUUACAUUUUGAAAUGAACAAAACUUGCUUUUGAGAACAAAUAUUUGGAGUUUGGACUUAAGAGUUUUGAGAACUCUUUUAAUGAUGUAUACAUUUUCUACUCAAUAAAAAUAUUUUGAAUAAUGA